UGUAAACUUAAUUUUUCUUCUCCGUCGUAUCAGUCUCUGUGAACUAUCUCCCCAUACCCUCAACUCCCUUCAUUUCUCUCCUUCUGGCUCGCCUGUCGCAUGGAUUAAUUGGGUAAGAUUUUCCGACAAGCGAGUGGCAGCGUCGCCUGUGAUCUUCCUUGCAGGAAUUGCGAUCUCGAAAAGAUAUCGAUUUUGAUGCACAGGCCGAUCGUCGUGGCCGAAGUUUGCGCCGGAAAUCUACUCGGAGAAUGAAUGGGAAGGGAGGAGGUGAGGAAGCUGCUGCAGCGACUUCCUCGGCCCCACCGCCUCUGGAUUGGAAAUUCUCACAAGUAUUCGGCGAGCGGACCGCCGGAGAGGAAGUCCAAGAAGUCAGCAUAGCAGUUUCGUUUGGUCCGGCUGUUUCCGAUGUUGACAUUAUUUCUGCAAUUGAAUUUGACAAAUCUGGAGACCACCUUGCCACAGGAGAUAGAGGGGGUCGUGUAGUUUUAUUCGAGAGGACAGAUUUUAAGGAGCAUGGUUCUAGGAGAGAUCUGGAGAAACAAGACUAUUCAAUCAGCAGUCAUCCUGAAUUUCGCUACAAAACAGAAUUUCAAAGUCAUGAACCUGAGUUUGACUACCUCAAGAGUUUGGAAAUAGAAGAGAAGAUAAACAAGAUCAAAUGGUGCCAAACUUCCAAUAGCGCAUUAUUUCUUCUGUCAACUAAUGAUAAGACAAUUAAGUUUUGGAAGGUGCAAGAGAAGAAGGUGAAGAGAGUUUCUGAGAUGAAUGUGAACCCAGCACAAGCUUCUGCAAAUGGUAACAUUCCUAGUUCUUGUUUUUCAAGUCCGAGAGCAUGCCUGCCAAAUGGUGGGUGUUCUGAAAGCCCAUACAAGUAUUUGAGCAAUGACUUCAAGUUUCCUCCUGGGGGGUUUCCUACUCUGCGCCUUCCUGUGGUAGCUAGUGAAGAGACAAGCCUUAAUGCUAGAUGUCGCAGAGUAUAUGCUCAUGCUCAUGAUUAUCACAUCAACUCUAUUUCCAAGAACAGUGAUGGAGAGACAUUCAUUUCAGCUGAUGAUCUGCGGAUAAAUCUUUGGAAUUUGGAAAUUUCCAAUCAGAGCUUUAACAUAGUUGAUGUGAAGCCUGCAAAUAUGGAGGAUCUAACAGAAGUUAUAACAUCAGCUGAGUUUCACCCCAUGCAAUGUAACACACUAGCAUAUUGUAGCUCGAAGGGCUCAAUACGACUUAUUGAUUUGAGGCAGUCUGCUUUAUGUGAUAAUCACUCCAAGUUGUUUGAGGAGCAUGAAACGCCUGGCACAAGGUCCUUUUUUACCGAGAUCAUUGCGUCAAUUUCAGAUAUUAAAUUUUCAAAGAAUGGAAGGCAUAUUCUGAGUCGUGAUUACAUGACACUUAAGCUAUGGGACAUAAACAUGGAUUCUGGUCCAGUUGCAACUUUCCAAGUGCAUGAGCAUUUGCGGCCUAGACUUUGUGAUUUAUAUGAAAACGAUUCAAUUUUUGACAAAUUUGAAUGUGGUGUAAGUGGUGAUGGACUUCGUAUAGCUACUGGUUCUUACAGCAAUCUUUUCCGUGUUUUUGGUUGUGCAUCUGGAAGCAGUGAGGCAACAACUCUUGAAGCAAGCAAGAACCCUAUGAGGAGGCAAGUGCAAACGUCAGCAAGACCUGGAAGAGCGCUGAGCGGUCUAACAAGAGCUGUUCGAAGAGGGACUGACAGCCCCAGUGUCGAUGCCAACGGAAACUCUCAUGACUUCACAAUGAAAGUUCUCCACCUCGCUUGGCAUCCAAAUGAAAAUUCAAUCGCCUGCGCUGCUGCAAACAGCCUAUACAUGUAUUAUGCAUAGGGAUGGAUCUAGGUGAAAAUAGAAUGUUUGGUGAGAUUUUUUUUUUUCGUUGUGGCAGAAGAUAUUAUCGAGGGAGCUGCGGAAGGGUCUUUCGUUUACCUUUUCAUUCACAAAAUGAUCGGUAUCAGGGCCGAGAGGAAGCCGCCGAAAUCCAAGUGGAAGUUAAAGUUCUCUUGUUCCCUGGAAGGGCAGCUUGGUUCUGAUUGUUCUGAUUUUUUUUUGGUUUUUUGCAAUUUUUCUCUUUUAAUGGGAGCAGGGAGGAAUGGGAAUGGGAGGUUUUUCUGAUUGUUUAGUCUUCUUUUUAGGUCCCAAUAUUGUGAUAUGAUGUAGUUUUCCAACCAAACAGUACAGUUUGGCCGAGAAUACCUUUUUUUUUUCUGACUUUAGUGCCCUGAAGAGUAAUUCUGUGCUUGGGGGCACUACAGACUUCGUAUUUGUUAGGAAGGAAAACAGCCUUUUGAGUAUUGUGGAUGUGGUGAUGAUCAUUAUUAUAAUUCAUCUCUUAAGUUUUAGCACUUCAUAUUUUUUUCAAAAGAAUUGUCAGCCAAAUAA